UAAUAAUAAUAAUAACAAUAAUAAUAUUAAUGAUAAGAGACACCGGGUCUAAACAGGACACUUUCUGUAAAUUGAAAAAAGUAUCCUUUACAACCAGGUUUUUACCCAAGUUAUCUAUACCGUUGUGCAGUUUCACUUUCAGCCUUCAACUUCAAUUCCCAAUUUGUGAUUUCCAAAAAUAUCCAUUAGAGUACGUAAAAAGUUGUGAUGAAGUGACUAACCUAAGAUCCUGCAAUGAAUCAAAUAAUUGAUAUUGAAACUGACUUUAGAGUCCUUAUUGAAGACUAUUUGAUUCUUUCGCUAAAUAUAAUGAACGUUUUGCUUAAGUUUAUAGUAAAUCAGGUUCUAAUAAAUGAUAAGAAAUAGAAUACAAAUGUAGGUAUAAAUAUUGAAUUAUGUUUCUAGAAUCCGUUAAAAAUUUCUAUGUAAAAAUUAGGCGUCCGGUUGAGCCCCACUUUUUUAUCCUGUUUAGUCCCGCUCAGACAAUUCAUUUUCGAGGCACAGUAAUAAUUUUUUCCAUGUUAUCGAAAGCACUCAACAAUCAAUGAAUUCAGCACGACAUGAACAUUCAAAAGCACUAACCAAACCGUCGUUAUGGAGCAAAGAAAACGUAUAUAUUUCCAAAAAAAAAUGAAAAUGGAAAAUAAAUGUGGAGUUUAUCGAAAAUAAGCUAUCCACAUACAUUUGUGUUGUACGCAUGCAUUUGUGAUGGUUUUUUAUGUUCAGAUCACAGCAUGCUGUGCGUUUGGCUGUCAGCUUUCGUUUGUUUACUUGUUUGUGCGGUUGAAAUUCUGCGCUUUCAAAAUGUCGCGUAUUGAAAAGCAAGUGAAAAUUAAGGUUCUGGACACAUGGCUAUGUGAGAAGGAUACUAUGCGAAAAUUAACGAAGCGGUUUGGAAUUCAUCAUGCCAGUGUUAAAACCAUCAUUAAUAAGUUUGGGGAACACUAUUCUUUGGAUGAGCUACCAGGAAGAGGCAGAAAACCAGGUUCUUAAAACCCGAAACUGCACCAAAAAGUGGUAUCUCUAAUCAAGUAGAACAAAUCAAUGUCAAUACAAAAAGCAGAAAAUCUCGAAACAAAAUGUAGAACAGAAGAAGCGAGCAGCAAAAAAGGGUCCGGGAAUUGUAUUCGCGUCUUUUGCAGUGUCCGGAUGCAUGCGUUUUGAUGGACGAUGAGUUUUUUUUUCAUUUCAAAAAUAUUUGUAUUCAGGCCUAUUUGCGUCCAAGCUUUAUGUGGCCGAUUGAGCCGAUUUUAAUUUUUUUUUUUUUUUUGAAUUGGAUCUCGUUGUUAGUUUUUGAAUUGGAUCUCGUUGCUAGUUGCUCUAGAUGCACCUUGUUGUACAUUGGUUGCAGUUGCUGGUUGGUUGGAGGGUAAGUUGUUAACUGCAGCUGGUGUACUUUGUUCUAUAGGGGAUGCUUUAUUGUUGUUGGUGGCUGUCACAGGUGUACUGGGGUUUGUGUGAAGGAAGCAUCGUUGUCCUUUGGUGUAGUUGUCUCCUUGUCCAGUAGUUUAUCACAUGGCAUACCGUAGUGAACAGCUUUUUGGUAAUAUUGACAUGUGGCCAUCUGAUUGUCAUAGGUAACAAGUGAUUUACACGGAAUUCUUGUAUCUUGACCGAAAAUCACAUAAGAAGGUAUAGCCUUUUUCAAGUGUAUGCGUAAUAAACCUACGCCAUUUAGAAUACCGGGAAGAAAAUUCUUCCACUUUUCUUUUUCGGUAGAGAGAAUCUCUUCGUAUUGGGACAUAGUUUUGCGAAUAUAAGAAUCGGUGACGCUUGAGUGAAGAUCAUGCACACGCACUUCUAUAGCACUAUCAUCCAUAUAUACUGGAAUGUUGUACUUAAUGUUCUCGUAUUCCACAUAGUGCACAUUGUUAUUGUCUUUUGCGAAUUGAAUUGCAUCCAACUCUUUAUAAAACUGGAUGUAAACAACAUUAUUUGUCUUAUUGCAUUGAAGUAAAUGCACACGUUUAAUGUCAAGAUGCAUUUGCUCCUUAAGCAAACCUUCAAGUUCUCGUAUCGAAGGUCGAAUUUUGCACUGCCUGAAGUCAACAACAAUUGUAUUCUUUCGUGUCGGCGGUAGCUUCUGUUCGUUUGGUUCACUCAUUUCAAGAUCGUUCUAUUGUUCACUACACAAUACUGUACUUGGUUUCUUCUGUCCCGAACGUAAGCGGUUUUGUUAUAUCGACUGACUUGGAUGAGAUGUGAAAGCGAACUGACAAUGAGAUUUAUGUAAAGGAGGACGCAAAAACCCUUCCAGGUCCACAAUACUUCACUGUUGUCGUAGGGGAGGAUGUGAGCGAUGCGGACAGGUCGAUUCAAGUGGAUAAAUUCGGUCGAAAGGUACUGAUAUGGCUAGCCAUAUGUUCCUGUGGUUUGAAGUCAACCAUUUCUUACACUACCGGAACUAUAAUCUAUCAAUCUCUUCUGGAGACAUUCACAAACUGGAACUAAAUUGUUUAUUGAAUUCUGCACUUGGGACUGGUUCCGAGUUUAGUUGCGAAAAUCUGGUUUCGAACUUAGAUCUAGAAUUCAGUUCAUGAAUUUAGCUGUAUAAUUCUGGAUCUAAACACAUUUUCAGAACCCAGAUUCCGAGUAUAAUUCUAGGAAUGAAUUCUGAACUUGAAUUUCAAACCUGAAUUGAGGUUGAAAAUUUAGCUCCAGAUCCCAGGUUUCGAGUUCUAUUCCAGCAUGCAGAUUCUGAAUUCUGAACCAUAGUUCUGAAACUGAUCUCAGGAAGCAUAUGGACCGAGUACAGAAACUAAAUGAUGAUUUAGAAGUCAAGUUUAUAAUUCUGAUUCGGAAUCCAAAUUAUAAAUUUUCUUCCAGAAUUCAUAUCUAGAAUCCAUUUUUGUUUUGUGCCAGACUUCUGAAGUUGAACUCCUGAAGCAGAAUUCUCAAGAAAAGAACUCCGCAAAGCUAAUUCCAGAAUCUAGAAUUAGGGUUCAGUUCCAGAUACUAAAAGUGAGCCUUUACUAGAAAACUGGCGGGUGGGUAAUGAUAAAGACAUAACCGAACAUGAAAGAUGAGUACUUUCAACUCACAUGCGAAAGCCUUACAAUGUUACUGAUAGAAGUUCGAAUCGAGAUUGGAGAUUGCUGGAUCUGUCCCUGUAGUACGGUAAAUUCAGGCACAGAAGCGGUACCAAUUCCAAAUAUGGGCCUGAGCCGGUGACCGUUACCAAUUCCAUUUCAAUGAUUUGGGACAUACAGGAUCUGAAUCAGUAACAUUGUAAGGGUAAAUUCAAGACCAGAAUCUAGCCUUAGACUAGUAACAUAUGAAGUUUAGCUGCAAGCCCAAUACUUGGAUCUGGAUCAAAAUGUGGAACUAGACUAGUUAUAUGAUAAAUCCUAGUUCAGGUACAGAUCCAUGGGUAAAUUCAGGAUCACGCAACUAAAUUCUUGAAUUGAAUUCUGAACCUGAAAUCUGAAACUAAAUUUGAGAACCGGUUUUCGGAACUGAUAUUUUGAACUAAGUUCUAGACCUUAAUUUUGGUUCGGAAUUCAGUUUUAGAAUUCUAGCUCAGGAACAAAGUUCAUGAAUUUAAGAAAUGGGAAUCGAAUACUGGAACUGUAUUCUGUGCCUGGUUCAGAUCCAAAAUUGAAAUUCAGGAACUCAGCAGAUUUGAAUCCUACAUUCUGGAAGAGGAUCUGAAUUCCAAAGCAACUGCAAAAUUCUACAGUAUUUGAAAUCCUCACUGAUUGUCAUCAUGCCAAAGGUUUUUAUGUGUAACAUAAAAUGAACAAUUUCGCAAUAGACGAAAAAAUCAACUAUAAGAACAGUUUGGUUAAUGAUUCAAUGACUAAAUUGACCAUCUUAAACAACAUGCACAAAUGUGUCAAUUAAAAAUCAUAUUAGUCAAUUAGUCAAUUAGUCAAUUCAAAAUACUCUUGGUUUAUAACCAUACAUAGUUAGUGCCUGGUUAUUCUAGUGAACAAAACGAGUCAUAAGUUCACUGCGUUGAAUCACUGAUAUUAUUCCGCAUUUCUAUGUGUCGGCUUUGCACGAUACAUUUUGUGCUAUGAUUCGUUCAAUUUAUGCGAUUGAAGUCUUGCGCACCUUAUUUUGGCACUGAAUUUCACCUUAAUGCUUGUUCAUACCAAACAUUAUACAAAACAUCAAUCUUGAGUUAUUUGUGAUUAUCUUAUACUGCUGAAAAUUUUAUCAUAAAUUGCUGACCAUAUUGCCGAUGAUAUGGAAAAAAUUACCCAUUUUUGUACAUAGUGAGUUUUGAAAAGGCGCUCCAUUGUAAAGUAAGAGAAAAGUUACUUUUAACUUUUUUAGAUGAUGUUUGAGUGAUCCGCUGGUCUAACACGCUAGAUAUCGUAUGAUCGAGUUCUGACUUGGAAGAACUCCUAGUGACCGUAGGAACGUAAAAUUGGCCAUACAAAAGUCCUAUACAGUUACGAGUUCGCAGCGAGAUCUGUUGAAACUGAAUGUAAAAUUCCGUAUCGGAAUGUAGAACCAUGACUUUGCAUUUUGCUCUAAAUCUAGUGCUCUUCCGUUUGUUCAACACUUUUAUAUGUAAUUGAAUUACGGGAUUUAAUUGUUCGGGGAAUUCACUUAAUUGACAUGGUACUUCAACAAAUAAAGUUAUACUGAACCACUGUGAAUUUUAACAAUUUUAACGAAUACACACAAACCUCCGUUUACGAACACUUUUUAUACGUUACCUCUUUUUACGUAACUCUUUUUACGAACCAAAUCCCAAAUAACGUAAACUUUUUCUACGAACCUACUUCGUAAAAAGAGGUUUUGACAUACAUCGAAAGCGAUUUCCGGCUCAUUUAUAUUCCAUGGAAACUACUACAAUAUGGGUAUUUUUGAAACGGGUUUAAAGAGAAGAUUCCGGAAAAUGAUGUUUGAGAUGGUUCUGAAAUUCAAGAUGGCGACUUCCGGUUUCUUGAUAUUCCUUGAAAACCCUUACAAUGUGUGUAUUUUCGGAACGGGAUUAAUGAGUGAAUGUCGGAAAACGAUGUUUGAGGUGGUUCUGAAAUUCAAGAUGGCGACUUCCGGUUUCUUGAUAUUCCUCGAAAACCCUUAAAAUAUGAGUAUUUUCAGAACGGGAUUGAUGAGUAGAUGUCGGAAAACGAUGUUUGAGGUGGUUCUGAAAUUCAAGAUGGCGACUUCCGGUUUCUUGAUAUUCCUUGAAAACCCUUAAAAUAUGAGUAUUUUCAGAACGGGAUUGAUGAGUAGAUGUCGGAAAACGAUGUUUGAGGUGGUUCUGAAAUUCAAGAUGGCGACUUCCGGUUUCUUGAUAUUCCUUGAAAACCCUUAAAAUAUGAGUAUUUUCAGAACGGGAUUAAUGAGUAGAUGUCGGAAAACGAUGUUUGAGGUGGUUCUGAAAUUCAAGAUGGCGACUUCCGGUUUCUUGAUAUUCCUUGAAAACCCUUAAAAUAUGAGUAUUUUCAGAACGGGAUUGAUGAGUAGAUGUCGGAAAACGAUGUUUGAGGUGGUUCUGAAAUUCAAGAUGGCGACUUCCGGUUUCUUGAUAUUCCUUGAAAACCCUUAAAAUAUGAGUAUUUUCAGAACGGGAUUGAUGAGUAGAUGUCGGAAAACGAUGUUUGAGGUGGUUCUGAAAUUCAAGAUGGCGACUUCCGGUUUCUUGAUAUUCCUUGAAAACCCUUAAAAUAUGAGUAUUUUCAGAACGGGAUUGACGAGUAGAUGUCGGAAAACGAUGUUUGAGGUGGUUCUGAAAUUCAAGAUGGCGACUUCCGGUUUCUUGAUAUUCCUCGAAAACCCUUAAAAUAUGAGUAUUUUCAGAACGGGAUUGAUGAGUAGAUGUCGGAAAACGAUGUUUGAGGUGGUUCUGAAAUUCAAGAUGGCGACUUCCGGUUUCUUGAUAUUCCUUGAAAACCCUUAAAAUAUGAGUAUUUUCAGAACGGGAUUGAUGAGUAGAUGUCGGAAAACGAUGUUUGAGGUGGUUCUGAAAUUCAAGAUGGCGACUUCCGGUUUCUUGAUAUUCCUUGAAAACCCUUAAAAUAUGAGUAUUUUCAGAACGGGAUUAAUGAGUAGAUGUCGGAAAACGAUGUUUGAGGUGGUUCUGAAAUUCAAGAUGGCGACUUCCGGUUUCUUGAUAUUCCUUGAAAACCCUUACAAUAUGUGUAUUUUCAGAACCAGAUUGACGAGUAGAUGUCGGAAAACAAUGUUUGUGGUGGUUCUGAAAUCCAAGAUGGCGACUUCCGGUUCCUUGAUAUUCCUUGAAAACCCUUACAAUGUGUGUAUUUUCGGAACGGGAUUAAUGAGUGAAUGUCGGAAAACGAUGUUUGAGGUGGUUCUGAAAUUCAAGAUGGCUACUUCCGGUGGUUUCUUGAUAUUCCUUGAAAACCCUUAAAAUGUGUGUAUUUUCGGAACGGGAUUAAUGAGUGAAUGUCGGAAAACGAUGUUUGAGGUGGUUCUGAAAUUCAAGAUGGCGACUUCCGGUUUCUUGAUAUUCCUUGAAAACCCUUAAAAUAUGAGUAUUUUCAGAACGGGAUUGAUGAGUAGAUGUCGGAAAACGAUGUUUGAGGUGGUUCUGAAAUUCAAGAUGGCGACUUCCGGUUUCUUGAUAUUCCUUGAAAACCCUUAAAAUAUGAGUAUUUUCAGAACGGGAUUGAUGAGUAGAUGUCGGCAAACGAUGUUUGAGGUGGUUCUUAAAUUCAAGAUGGCGACUUCCGGUUUCUUGAUAUUCCUUGAAAACCCUUACAAUGUGUGUAUUUUCAGAACCAGAUUGACGAGUAGAUGUCGGAAAACAAUGUUUGAGGUGGUUCUGAAAUCCAAGAUGGCGACUUCCGGUUCCUUGAUAUUCCUUGAAAACCCUUACAAUGUGUGUAUUUUCGGAACGGGAUUAAUGAGUGAAUGUCGGAAAACGAUGUUUGAGGUGGUUCUGAAAUUCAAGAUGGCUACUUCCGGUGGUUUCUUGAUAUUCCUUGAAAACCCUUAAAAUGUGUGUAUUUUCAGAACGGGAUUGAUGACUAGAUGUCGGAAAACGAUGUUUGAGGUUGUUCUGGAAUCCAAGAUGGCGAUUUCCGGUUUCUUGAUAUUCCUUGAAAACCCUUACAAUGUGUGUAUUUUCGGAACGGGAUUAAUGAGUGAAUGUCGGAAAACGAUGUUUGAGGUGGUUCUGAAAUUCAAGAUGGCGACUUCCGGUUUCUUGAUAUUCCUUGAAAACCCUUAAAAUAUGAGUAUUUUCAGAACGGGAUUGAUGAGUAGAUGUCGGAAAACGUAAAAAAAAAACGUGUGUAUUUUCAGAACGGGAUUGAUGAUGAUGAGUAGAUGUCGGAAAACAAUGUUUGAGGUGGUUCUGAAAUUCAAGAUGGCGACUUCCGGUAUCUUGAUAUUCCUUGAAAACCCUUACAAUAUAGAUAUUUUCGGAAUGAAUUAGAUUUCAAAACGAUCACAAACAUCUUUCUUUUUGGGUACCUUCAUACCAAAUCGUUUCUGAAAAUAUUCAUAUUGUGAGUAAUUUCAAAGACUAUCAAUAGACCGGAAGUGAUCAUCUUGGAUUCAGAACGAUCACAAACAUCGUUUUUAUGGCACCACAUCAAAUCCUUUCCGAAAAUACCCAUACUGUAAGGGUUUUCAAGGAAUAUCAAGAACCGGAAGUCGCCAUCUUGAAUUUCAGAACCACCUCAAACAUCGUUUUCCGACAUCUGCUUAUCAAUCCCGUUCCGAAAAUACACAUAUUGUUAGCAGUUGUUAGCAAUAUCAAUAAACCGGAAGCCGCCAUCUUGGAUUUUGAAACGAGCGCAAACUUCAUUUUCUUCUACUUACUCUUCACAUCCGUUUCCAAAAUAGCCAUAUGAUGAGCUGUUUCCACUUUCAUUACACAAAAUUUUUUUUACGAAGUUAAUUCCCAAUAACGUAAACUUUUUUUUCGAAUCAAAUCCCAAAUAACGUAAACUUUUUUACGAAAAUAAUUUUCUAGCAAUGAACUUUGUUCUGUUGCAAUAGUAUCGUAUAUGGUCCAUUUUACUGAAAAAUGAACUAAGCUUGUUUUACCCACUAGAAGUAUCCAAAACUAAUUGAUUUCCUUUGUUCUAUUUCUAUGUCUCGCACUCAAGUUCUGUUGUCCAGUAAGUCUCUCUCAUUCAAAUUUAUUCUAGUAAAAAAAGCACGUCUCUCGUGCAUGAUCAAAGCAGUAUUAUAUUCACGAGUUAAUCAGUUUCCAAUUGAUUACUGUCAUUGUUUUUACUGGGGGACAAAUUCUUGAACGAAGCGAACCCACCCACCCAGACUAUCUAUCACUGCAAUCGAAGCGUCCCUCCCGUUUUGCCGCCACUGACGACGGUAGGUACACAAAUUUCCGUUGGGUAAAGCAACACCCAGAAAAACAGGGAAGAAAAUCCUUCUACAGUUCCGGAUGAAACAGCACAGCCGGACGGGGGGGGGGGUUGGUGGAAGAAACCAGCGAUCCUUUGACGAACCGAACGAAAUAGCGGAUAUUGUGAUUACUUUUUAUUGUUGCACAUCAGCAGUAUCCUUUGGUUGUUCCGAACAACCCAGGGACCGUGCUGCCAAGUUGGGACCGGAGUUAGCCGUCGUUAGACUCGUGCCAGCUGGCGAACGGUUUUUUCCCCCGGUAUCUACGGGUGCACGAAAUGGGAUGGGAUGGGUGGCAAAGGGAAAGCUUAUAAUCGGGGCUAUUCGGAAGCGAAAUAUGCGGGAAAAUAGCUACCGUUGCCGGGACUGGGUUUGUGACUGAAGGUCCCAUUUCCAUCCAAUGGCAACGAUUGGAACAAAUUUGUAAGAUAUUACUUCCCAGAUAACCUUCAACCGAUUUGAAAUUUACCAGAAUUAGCUCGUACAAUUGUUUCCUCCAAAAACACAAACCACACGGAAUCACUCGAACAAACAGCUAAAACUGUUGCUGCCAUCAUCAAAAUCAGUGCAAGUGCCGAUGAAAUGAGCAGUGAAACCCGAACAGAUUGCGAUUAUGGCACCCCCCUCUUCUUUGCGAAACAUUUAAGCGAAGAUCAGCGACCGUGUGCUGAAGCAUAAAGCAAUAACACACCCGCAAGUGUACAUAUCAAAAGAGUGACAUAGCAAGCCGUGCCAAGUGAGAGAAGCCAGCGGAAUAUCGCACAGUGAGUUUUAAUACCAGCAGGCAGCAGUGGGUGGAGCAGGCAGCAGGAAUGGGUGGCAAAGGUGAAGAAUGCUGCCGAUGCUGCCGAGGAGGAAGCAGCGUGGAUGCAAAAUUUAAUUUAAUGCCGAACAAAGCGAAGAAGCUCCUGCGCUAUCGUCGGCAUCUUGCCGGAACUGGCGACAGCGGCGGGCUCCGGCGAGUGCUUUGGAGUCGAACCAACGGAAUAACGAUGAGGAGCUUCAUUGGAAUGCUUUUGGGAUUACUUACAAUAUCAGAAUCACUGGCUCUGCGCCUUACGACGGUUCGCAUCCCGACCUACAAGUUUCGUGGCGAAUCAGCACUGCUCGAGUGCCAGUACGAACUGAGCGGACAGCAGCAACGAACCGACCUGACGGAGAUGGCUGCCGAGGAAGAACGCCUGUACUCCAUCAAGUGGUACAAAGACAACGAAGAGUUCUACCGUUACGUACCCUCGGCGAAUCACCCCAUCAAGAACUAUAAAAUCGAUGGCAUCCGGGUGGAUCCGAACAAAUCCGACGGAACAAAGGUCCUACUAAAAAGCCUGUCACUGAAAUCGUCCGGCGUUUAUCAGUGCGAGAUUUCCGCCGAGGCACCCAACUUCGACUCGGUUCUUGGUGAAGGCCGAAUGGAUGUGAUAUAUGUUCCGAAAGAUGGUCCCCACAUCAAUGGCAGCGAGCGAAGAUCCUAUCAUAUCGGUGAACGGAUGGAACUGAACUGUACCUCCGGGCGUUCCUACCCGGCGUCGACCCUGCAAUGGUACUUGAAUGACCAGCUGGUCGUGAAUCCUGGCUGCAUUAUCAACUAUCCGCGACUGGUCAAUCAACAUGGGCUCAUUGUCAGCUUCCUAGGGCUCAGUAUGGUGGUUCAGCCGGAACACUACAUCGACGGUCUGAUGCGGAUCAAAUGUGUGGCAAGCCUUUCGCCGGUCCUGUGGCGGAACGGAAAGGAAAGCAUCGUUCAGUGGGAGCAACCGGCGAUCGAUAACCGGGUGGCAAUGCUGUUAGUGAAAAGCAGCUCCUGCCAGUGGCUGUCCAGUGCCGGAUUGGUAGCUCUGUGUUCGGUCCUGUCGUACAUCACCAGAAUUAGCUGUCGAUAUAGAUGCCGCAGUGCAUAUCGGAGAGGAUAGGUGAAACGAUGCACUUCCAUCAGAACCCGGGAAUGCAGAAUGCGGUUAACGUUGAACUUCCUUUUUCUCUCAUUAAGCAAAGGGUUCUACGUUCCGUCAAAAGUUUAGGAAACUUAAUCAAAACUAUGGUAUUCCAUAGGUAGAAUACGUAACAGAGCGGCUAAUCAAAGGAGGCGAGUGAGUGGACAAAAAAUGAAAAAAAGUAUGUAAAAUGGAAGGGUGAUGAAUUAUACGUAAGUAUUUGCAGAAACUAGACCGAGCUAGUUGUUCGGGCAUUGUCCGAGUUGAGCUGUUUGUUUUAUUUAAAAAAACUUGUAGUUAUUUGUUUGCAGUGUGUACAAACAAAACGAAUGUUGUAUAUAAAAAGAAGCAUAUCGUAGAUCGAGUUCGUCAGUGUGAAUAUGAAGUUGUUAAUUUUGUAUAUAGCUGUUAGCUGGAAAUAGUUUCUAGAAUAAA